ACGGACGGGCGGACGAACGGGCGCGAGCGAGCGAGCGAGCGAGCGAGCGAGCGCGUACGCAUACAGGUCCCCGCAGGUAGGGCGCGAGGGCCGGGGUCACGGAGCGGCGAGGCGGAGGUGACCGCCAGCAGCAGCUGGAUAAAGCGGGAGCGAGAGCUGACUAGCCGAGGCGGGCGCGCGCGUGCGACGUCGCGGCGCGCGAGAGGGCUGUGCUAAGGCGACGCGCGAGAGAGAGCGUAUAAAGCGGACACGACGAGUGUGGAGCCGCGAGAGCUCCGGAGUGCGCGCGGGCAUGGAGACCCUCGAAUCGAGUCGCGUGUGCCGCCUCUGCGGCCAGCAUUCUGGCAUCUCGAUCAACAUCUUCGACAAGAGUGAGAAUCACGUUCGGAAAAUCAACGCCAUGCUGCCUAUCAUGGUGCACGAGCUGGAUCUGCUGCCGAAGCAGAUGUGCCACCGGUGCAGCUACAAGUUGGAGGAAUUCCAUAAAUUCUACGUAGGCUGCCUGAAGACGGACGCGGCGCUCAAGAGCCAGUUGUCGUGGAUGCGAAAGGGUGAUGACGGUAGGGAGAAGAUUGGCGUGCCGAUGGUGCACAUCGAGAACACGAAGAUCAAAACGGAGCCGCUCGACUACGACGUGUACGAGCUGGAGCCGUUGGUAGAAAAUAUCGACUAUAUUAACUCGAUGAACUCGGUGGCGUUCCCGGCUGGUAGCAUUCACGAUGGGUUGACGUACGCGGCGCUCUCACGCUGCCGAUGUUGCUGUGAUAAGGACCAAAGCAGACCGAGGAGAACAACAGCGGGGCUCUGUCAGAAUUACGACGGGCAGAUGCCUAGAUGCGGUAGAAUCGUGGACGUCUCACGGAAUAGAACUCUCGAGGACACCAGCGCACAAUUGAAGCCGUACAAGCGGAAUCUCUUUACGCAGUCCGUGUUCCCGGAUUGCCCGCAGAAUCGUCUACCUCGUGUUGAGAACACCACCGAGAACGCGCGGAAUAGUCUGGCCACAGACACGAGUACCAAAGACAACGCAGCCUCUUCGGAAACACUGAACCAUUCUCACAAUAGACUUGUAACGUUUCCUAAGAGUCAAGCGAUUGCCAGAAGCACAAUAGUGCGAAAUCUGAGACCUAGAAAGAAUCUGGUCAACUAUGCACUGUUUAAGAAGAAAAUAUCGAGUGUUGAUCCUGGACCAUCUACGUUGAGUAAGUCGAUCGUUUCUGACGCAAAGACAACACCUGCCUCGAAUUUCGAGUCAACGCAGCAGAUCAAGACGGAGCAGACGGACGACUCCGAAGGACGCAGUUUAAGGCCAAGGAAAAGUGUGGACUAUCAGGAGCCAAAGAUGAGGAAGAUUUCGGAGCAUCGUAUCAAGAGACGCAAGACGGACGAGCAGGCCUCGAAACUACUUACGAGAAAAGAGAGUGCAUCGAACUUUAAGAUAAAGCAAGAGGCUCUAGAUGAUUUGGAGACACUCAGUGAGACGAUCAAGGCGAUGCCUCACUUAUCAAACAAAUUCGCUACUUUAUCUGCGAAGGUUGCUGCAGUGACAAGUGAUAAUGACAUCAGUCUGCGAGACAACUAUUUCAAGUCGCAACUUCGAGAUCAGUUCCGGUUGACGGAUCGAAAAUCGCUUUCCAACAUCGUGAAGAACAAGCUGGGAAAGACGAAGAAGACGUAUCGGUUGCCCGCGGCGAACUAUUCACCGAAGUUACUGAGAAGUCAGGACACUCACUUGAGGAAUGGCAAGACGAAAAAGAACAGCUAUAUAGAGUGGUCAUUGAAGAGACUGCAAACGAGGAAACUGAUAAAUACAAUCAACAAGAGUACGAAGAAAUCACCGAUACCGAAGCUAUCCGAUAACAUCAAACACUACUGCGAGUCUUGCAACGUUAGCUUCAUGACCAAGGAAUUGUUCAGAUUACAUGCAUGCUACUAUGAUUGAUCUUUUUCCGAGAUUCCGAGAAACACGAAGUCCACGAACUGUGUGAAGAUUAUUCGAAGGAUCAAGAUUUCUUCUCGAUGUUUCUGCUAACGUUAACAAAUUAGAACACUUCUCGACGAAGUGUGAAAAAUGUAUAAAGGUUUAAAAAAUCUUUGUGAUCAUAUGACAAUGUGCAUAUAUACUUGUAUAUAUGUUUCAAUUUUUAAAUCUUUUUCUUUCAAACAUUUUGUUCGCAAAAUGAAAAAAAUUCUUUUUUUCAAGUUUGAACAUCUUAUAAGAAUAAUAAAGUUCAUAAAACGUGCCUGUUUCUCAAAAUUUGACCAAAAAUUCUAAAUUAAUUUUUUAAUCAUCUAAUUAUUAGAUUUUUUUAAUGAAAAUAAAUCACUAUUAUGAUUUUCAAAUACAAGGAUGAACGGGAAAUAACGAAUUCUUUAUGUAUAUAAUGUAUUUUAUGUAGAUUUAAUAGUACCCGUUUACUAACUUUAUUAUAUAAACAAUAUACGGAUAUAUAUUAUGUAUAUUAUAUACAUUAUAUCUAUUAUUACAUGUAUAUAUAUAUAUAAAUUAUAUAUAUAUAUAUAUAUAUAUAAAUUAUAUAUAUAUAUAAUAUCUAUGUGUAUAUUUAGAUCUUGUUUGCUGACUUAAAUACAUUGAAUUAUUACGAUUGUUGCAACAUGCGCUUAAAAUUUUAUGUAGAAAUUCACAAGUCGCCUUCAAAGAUUAAGAAAUAAUUAUACGAAUAUAGACAUAAAGAUAUAUUUUAUGAGAGACAAGAGAUAUAUAUAUUAUAUGUCGAUAUAUUCGAUGAAAAUAUGUGAUAUGUGUAUAAAAUAAUGACCGAUUUUUUGGAGAAUUUCACGUUAUGUGAGUUAACGAAUGUAAAUCAUGGAAAAUUUGACCUUUACUACCACUACAUUGGAAUUUUAUAUAUCAAUAUUUACGAUCUCUAUAUUUUGAUGAUUGUUGUUCCAUUCGAAAGAAUAUUAUGCUGCGCAAAAGAAUUUAUAAACACUUGUUUACUUUACAACUGCACAAUUCAAGCUGUUUAAUACAUAUUAUGUAUCAGUAUUAGACACACGUCAACAUGGCAAACUCGUUACGUAACUACCUUGGUGGAAAGUUUUCUUAGAAUUUUUUAUAUAUAUUUUUUUUCAAGAGAAUCUGUAUAAUUUUAUAACUUUUAGAAAAUUUUACAUAUUUUUCAAUGAGUUGGAGCAUUUUUCAGAAAUGCUGAAACAGUUUAUAUCUCUUCAAGAAUUCUUAUAUGUGAAUUCUGAAAUAAAAUUUCUCAUUCUUAAAUUUUUGAGAAAGUUAAUAAAACUUUCACAAGUUUUAGAUAUUAUUUUUUUCAGAAAUAGCAAAUUUAAAAUAUGAUAAAUUCUUAAGAAUUUUUAUGAUAUGAGAAUAUUUUCCCCAAGGUAAUUUAUAUAUUCUAUUUUUUUAGCAUUGUUACAUCGAAAUUAAAUUAGAUUAUCAAAUUAGGUCAUUAAAUUUUAUUCACAGGGAUAUUAACUGCACGAAUUUGUGCAGUUCCUUUAUUGUUGCAAAGUGUUUCUCUGAAUUAUCUGUCUGUCGACAUACAAAUAAUGAAAUAGAAAGUUACUGUUAUUCGGUAGAUAUAUCUUUCUCAUAUCAUUUAACUGAUUAAUAAAUGUUAUAUAAUUACAUAUAUAUGUGUAAAUAUUAUGCAAUUGCAAUAAUUAUAAAAUCACCGUCCUAAUCCCGUCUUUCUCUUCUUAAAAAAAACUCUACAUGUAACAAUAGUGAAAAUGGCAGUGUUAUAUAAAGUGGACACGACAAAUAAAUAGCAAUAAAAUAUUUCGAAAAACUAA